UAGAGCAUUGAAUUGAAAUGCAACAAUUUUUUUCCUGAGAAAGAUGAUGGAUAAGCCUUUUAGAAUUUUGUUGGAUCUAACAGACUUACAUGUCGAAGGGUUUAAAUAUGUUUGGAUUAAUGUGUCGCCUCGUGAACUGAAAACAAUAUCUGACUUGAAAUCUGAUUUAUUAAAAAAAUUGAAUUUCGAAAGACAUGAUAUUAAGCUGUUCGUCCGGGAUGGUUUACUUCUGGAUGAAGAAACAAUUAUUGUUCUUCGAGAGGAUGACACUGUGAAAGUUCAGUAUGAAGAACAGUCUGUCUUUUCUCAUACCAGUGGAAAUUGUUCCCUGGAGAGCAAAUCACAAAAAACAUUCCAAAAGCGAAGUUGUAUCGAAUGUUGUGAGGAUAGUACUCCUCCUCCCAAAUCUAAGAAGUAUAAACGUAGUUAUGCCUCUACUUUAGUUGAAAAUGAAGACCUUGAGUUAGAGAACAAAAGCAAAAAGAAAAAGAAGCAUAAAAAAUCAUUUGGCAGUCCCUCAGAUAUCCCUGAAAGUGUUGUCACCGCAGUGAAUAUUUCUGAUAAAAGCCCCACAGAUACUGAGAAUACAACCAUAACUUUAAAGGAUUCGAAAACCUAUGUAGAAAAUCCAGAUGAAAUUUGCACCAAUGGCGUAAAUGUGUCUAUGGUAGAAAGCAAGAAGAAUGAAGAAUUUACCACAGCUAACGAAACUGUGCUAAGUGAAGGGAAGCUGGAAACUAGCUCUCAAAAAAAGAAGCGAAAAAGGCAUAGGAAGCGAAAGAAUACUACUAAUUUGGUUGGCUCUUAUGCUCCUAGUCAUGAUGUGACUGAUUCUCCCUCCACUAAUCCUACUGAAUUACAAUCUGUUGCUCCAAGUACUUCUUUUGUGAGAAAGCAUAUUUUCUUCACUUCACCAACCCCUUGUCAAAAUUCAGUUAAUGAAGUUGAGUCGAAGAGUAAGGUGAACUUGGAAUCAAAUAAAAAUGUAUCUUCAAAUGUCUGCUCAAAAAGUCCCAGUUUAAAUGAAGAUAGUUCGCAAAAUUUAUUGGAAAAUACAAGCUCUUACCCAAAGAUUUCUACCCCUUCUGUUUCAAAUGGAUACAACAAUAAAAACUGGACUGUGUCUAUGUUAGAAGAUGAAAUUUUAAACUCACCAUCCCAGAACAACAUUAAAAACACAAAGGAGAAAAAAAGUACAGUGGUCAAAAAUCUCUCUUGUGAUUUAAUAAUUGCUGAUAAAUGUGAUAAAGUUUCUGAAACGCCUUCUUCUCAAGAUAAGUACAAAAAUUUGCCACUAAUAAAAGUAAUGCCUGCAAUUGGUGCUCAUAUAGCAUUUAAGAUGCUGGAACUAGAUAAAAAUUAUAGUCCUACAGUGUCUGAUUUUAAAGAAGGAAUUGUGAAAAACAUAGAUCCAAACACGGAAGAUAUAGAAAUUGAGUUAUUGGAAAAAGAAAUCAAACCUGGAAGAGUUGGGAAAUUUGAAAAUUUAAAAGAAGAUGAAAUGCCUGAUCCUGUAAUAAUUCAAACUGUCACAAUACAGUUUAGUGGCUUGAUAGAUCUUAGAUUAGUCAGCUGAUUUUGCAGUGCACAUAUGAAACUAUUUGUCUUCUUCAGUUGUUUUGUUUUCUUCAGAAUUAAAUGAAAGCUUUUACAUAAAAUGUUUUAA